GACUAGGCGCUAAGAAAAAGUGGAUCCUAACAUUUCUCUCGAAUCCUCCGCCUGUUUCUCAAACCCUACCUGUUUUCUCUCUCUCUCUCUCUCUCUCUCUCUCUCCUAAAUCUCUAUGGAAAUUCCCUCAAAAACACUCGUAAAUCUCUUAUUCAUACAUUAUUCCUCUAAAUCUGGGUUCACGCAUCAAGGAUACCUCAAAAUCUUUCGAUUUUGCGUCAAGUAUUCAACCAGGAGAGAGAUGAAGAGAGGGAGGAAGAGAGAGAAAGACGCUUAACCUAGCUUCAAUUUCCGUCGUUUACUUCGCGCUAGGAAUUUGCUUCAGAUUUGUAAGCAUUGAAGGGCAGUUUUGAUGUUGAUGGUGAUAAAUUGAAUGUGGUUAGCUGUGGUGGUGCUGCUGACAAGGCCCACAUGGUUAUCGAACAGCCACAAGACAAGGUUACAUAUUGGGCGAUUAGUAAAGGAUACUUCAGAUAAACUCAAACAAGCAAGUGACGCAGAUCAUGGCAAUAAUGUCAGUGCAAACAAGAAGAUUGCUGACGCAAAACUUGUAAAAUAUUUCCAAGCAGUUUUGAAGGAAUUCCAGAAGGCUCAACGUCUUGCGACAGAACGGGAAACAUCAUAUACCCCUUUUAUUCCUCAGGCUGUCCUUCCUUCUAGGAACCAAUGUGUGUUAUGUGGAGAGGACGGAUGCCAUUCCUAAGCUGUCUCGCCAAAUAUCAAAGUCGGGAACAACUGUAAGCCAGAAUCACUUCACUUGAAGAUUUCUCACUAACUUUUUUUUUCACUACGUAAUCUGUAAUUUCUAUAUCAAUGAAUGGGGAGCAUUUUCUACUGGACUUCUGUUGACUGGAUAUGAUAGGGGAAUGGAUGCUGCUAGCAUCAAUCCUGGUGAGCAGGUAUUUAGUGGCUUAGCAUCAGAACUUAUGCUUUUAAAUCUCUGGACUCUAGUAAAUAUUUGCAUGCUGUUGUUACCGACAUUUGAGAAAACAAUAUCAGGUAUGUACCUCGGCGAGAUUGUGAGGAGGGUGGCAUGGGAAGAUUUCUCACUAAUAUCGAGCAAGCAGUUAGCUGCAGGGUUGAUUAAUCUUGGUGACAUGAGCUACAGAACAUUCUUUAAGUAUUGUAAUUAACAUGUUUCUGAUAGGUCAAGUUAAUUCACCAAUGUAUUUCAAAUUUAUCACAUUGGCACUACUUUUUGUGGAUGUUAUCUAUGUAUUUAUGGAUGUUAGAACAUAAUUAUGGAGCCUAGUACCGAGUAGUAGUACCAAUGUAUUACUUUAGGAAUUUAUUUUUUUUGUAAAAUAAAUGCACUAUUUGCAGCGCGCACUGUUAAACCAAA